AUGGACAUGCCUUUCGAUGUUUCUGAGCCUCAAGUUGAAGGACACGACGGCUUUGCCAGAUUCUACUGGAAACAUGACGAACAAUUGCAUCCUUUGAGAAGGAAAAAAGGGAAGGGUGAAGACAAACAUGCUCCCAUGGAAAGAACAAGAUAUGCAUAUGAGAAGUAUCGUGAAGUUAGAAGUCAAAUUACAUCUGGUCGAACCUUUACAGUAAACUUUGACGAAGGAAAGAACAAAGAAGGCUUCAUGGGUGUACUUGCUGCAAUUCAAGACGGAAAUAAGAAAGGAUACAAUCUCAGACUAACCGUAACAGAUUUGGACGGUCACAUUUACUAUGCACAUGGCAAUGUCACAACAGCCGCACAACUUCUUGACGCUUUCAAGACUACAAAGAGAGAACAAAUGGUUGACUCCGACUCAGACAUUUUGAAUGCAAUUGAAGGAAUUGCAAGUGUCAAGUUCGAAUGGUACCAACCUAACCCUCAAGCAGUCAGACAACAUGCUGGAUACUUCCCCUUCAUAAAUAAGUCUGACAUUGACUUGACAAGGUAUGGAAUUUACAAUUCAAUUGAAACAAUUGUCAAUGAACCUUGCAUUCUUACAUGUCUCAGGAACUCUGGUCUUGUUUCAGAAGAGAAGAUGAAGUAUCUUGAGUCAUGUGUGAAGACAAGGUACAUUCUCAGAGGUCAAUUGUCAAAGAUUGCACCGUUGGCAAAUGUGAAUAUCCGAGUCAACAUUCCGACUGAGAAAGGUUCUUCACAUGACGACUAUGUUGUUGACAAAGACUUACCAUGGUUGA